AUGUCAGAGCUCGUGGUCCUCAUGAAGGAUUUCAUGCAAGUUCCGUCUGGAGAGACCCCGACUGAGACAUAUCAUCGCCUCAAGAGCCUGUACCGGAGAUGGGUUCGUCCCGACCAGCUCACCAAGGAGCAAAUCGGAGAGCUCGUAAUCAUGGAGCAGCUUCUACGUGUACUACCACCCGACAUUGGCACUGCAGCACCAGAACACUCGUCGAGGAGGACCUCCUCGGUUCACCAGUUCUGCACCACGAUCUUCGCAGACGUCUGCACCCAACUUCCGUGUGCGGGAGGCAAGUCAGGACACCAGAGCAACAAGGACAUAAAGCGUCCGUUUGUCCAGUGCGGAGGGAUAAGCUCACUGGAGCAUGCUAUGCACCGCGUGAAGAGAGUGAGCAUCCUAACCCUCUGGGACUAA